AUGCACCCCCACCUCCACACCGAAGAAGUCCAAAAAAACUGCGCCGACGUCGUCGCCGCCCUCGAAGAAUGCCACGCCCACGGCUUCCUCUGGAAAGUAACCGGCAACUGCACCGACGCCAAGCACAAGGUCAACAUGUGUCUGCGCGGCAUCCGGCUUGAGCGCACGCGCCAGAAUCGCGAGGCGGCGAAAGAAAAGAGGGAGAGGAUUCAGAAGGUGUGGAGGGAGUUGGACGAGAAUAAAUAG